AAUAGCCCUACAACACUCAAAAUGGCGACUGGUGACUGUGACAGCAGUCUAACUGGCGUGGAUUGGCUUUUACAAUUAAAUAUAAGCGGUGCUUUAGGAAGAGGAACAAACAAUAAUAACAAUAACAACUCACCUAAUUCGAAUGCACUAAAAAAUGAAGAAAACAAGCCAGCUAAAGAAAGAAAACCGUCCUAUAGCUAUGCCAAUCUCAUCACUUUCGCAAUUAACUCAUCGCCCAAAAAGAAAAUGACCUUAAGUGAGAUUUAUGAUUGGAUCUGUUCGAAUUUUCCAUACUUUAAAGAAAAUGGAACAGGUUGGAAGAAUUCGAUCCGACAUAAUCUUUCAUUGAAUAAGAACUUUUUAAAAGUUCCAAGAUCGAAAGAUGAUCCUGGAAAAGGUUCCUAUUGGGCUAUUGAUAAUAAUCCGCCAGAAGAUUCUCCAUUGCUGUCGAAAAAGAAGAAAUUUCCAACUAGCCGGCCGUCUCCCUAUGGAGCUGAAAAUACUGUACCAGCAAACUUUGUCUACAAUCAACUAUCCCCACAAAUUGCAUCUGGACAACCAACUUUAGCCAGCGUUAAUACUAUACUCAGUUCCUCAUCCUCAAUGAAUUCUUUAACUCCGCAAUCCCCGAUGACUUCAACUACAGAUGGCGCCUGCUUAACCGCCUCCUCGUCAAGUUCGAAUUUUAUUGAAAGCCAAGGAAGCGUGGAUUUGAAUGCUAGUUUUAGCAAACUGUACCAACAAUUAGAAUGCGUUCCGGGUUAGUAAAACCUAUAUUAAUUCUAUUUUCAAUAAGAAUAUCCCACGUUGCCCCUGUAAUAAAAAAAGAGGCGUAUAGUAUAUUAAAAAGUUCUUAGUAGGUUCCUGGAGCCUUUCUUUUGUGUUCUUACUCGAUAUCUAACAAACCCCUUAUUAAACUUUAAAAGACAAAAAAGGAAAUGUAUUUU